AUGUUGAUAGUAGAUGCAAGUCCCGUUGGAUUAGCUGGAUUAUUAACACAAAAUGGAAAAAUAAUCGCAUACGCAAGCCGAUCAUUGACAGACGUUGAAACACGCUAUUCGCAAACAGAAAAGGAAGCAUUAGCAAUUGUAUGGGAAAUUGAACAUUUUCACCUUUAUUUGUACGGACAAUCAUUUAAAUUGGUAUCCGAUCACCAACCGCUUGAAACUAUAUUCAACAGUCCAAAGGCAAAAACACCAGCACGAAUUGAAAGAUGGAGAUUAAGAUUACAGGGAUAUAAUUUCAAAGUACAGUAUAAACCAGGAAAGGUGAACGCAGCUGAUUAUUUAUCAAGACAUCCGACACCGAAUACAUCAAUCGCAUGUAAACAUUCUCAAUUAGCUGAAGAAUAUGUCCGAUACUUAACUGACAACGCUGUGCCGAAGGCAAUGACCCUUAAUGAGAUAGCUGAAAGUACACAAAAAGAUAAAGAUCUGCAAACCGUAAUUACUGCAUUAAAAUCAAACAGGUGGGACAAGUAUGAGAGUAAUACGCUAGAUACAUUCUCAAGAUUAAGAUACGAAUUAACAAUUGUUCCCGUUAAAGAUAUGGAGAUCAUACUUCAUGAUAAUAGAAUUGUCAUUCCGAAAGAGUUACAGAUGCGUGUAAUUGACCUUGCACAUGAAGGACACCAGGGCAUAGUACGUACAAAACAGUUAUUACGUGAAAAGGUAUACUUCCCUGGAAUAGACAAACUAGUAGAACAAACGUGUAAAUCAUGUAUACCAUGUUUAGCGUCAACCCCGAAAAAUGUUUUCGAACCAUUACAAAUGUCCGAGAUACCGAAUAAUGUAUGGGAGAAUCUCAGCAUGGACUUUUGUGGACCAUUUCCGAAUGGAUAUUACGUUAUGGUAAUAAUUGAUGAAUACUCAAGGUAUCCUGUAAUAGAAACCUUAACCAGUUUAACCGCAAAAUCUGUCAUACCUCUAUUAGACAAAACUUUCUCAAUUUUUGGAAUACCGAAAGAACUGAAAACAGACAACGGACCGCCGUUUAAUUCAGGAGAGUUCCGAAGUUUUGCAGAUAACAUGGGUUUUAAGCACCGCAAAAUAACUCCGUUAUGGCCUCGCGCUAACGCGGAAAGUGAAAGAUUCAUGAGAACUAUAGGGAAAGCAAUUCGUGCAGCUCAAACGGAACAUCGCAGUUGGAAGCAAGAAAUACACACAUUUCUUCGCAAUUAUAGAGCAACACCACACUCAACAACUAACGUGUCCCCGGCAGAACUUUUAUUUGGAAGGAAGAUCAAUACAAAAAUGCCGAACAUUUCAAUAAAUAACCAAGCCGACAGUGAAGUUCGAAAAGAAGACCACAAGAACAAAAAUGAAAAUGAAAUCAUACUUCGAGAAAAAACAUUCAGUAAAAGUACCUGA